AUGGAGAUUGAGACGACGGAGACGACUGUUCGCUCGACCCCGAGUCGCCAUGAAAAAAGUUUGGGGCUCCUCACCAUGAAGUUCGUCAGUCUGCUACAAGAAGCAAAUGAUGGCGUCCUUGACUUGAAAGUGGCUGCAGGCAGCUUGGAAGUAAAGCAGAAGAGGAGGAUUUAUGACAUCACUAAUGUGCUGGAAGGUGUGGGCCUGAUUGAGAAGAAAAACAAGAACAUCAUCCAGUGGAGAGGUCGGAACAGAAGCAGCCAAACUCAGGAGGUGCUGGAACAGGCCAGAGAUCUAAAAGCUCAAAUCUCUGCGCUGGAGGCCCAGGAGAAAGAGCUGGAUGAGCAGAGGGAAUGGCUGGAGGAGAACAUUAACCACCUCAACCUUGAUCCAGGCACCAGCGCCUAUAAAUUUGUGACACAUGAGGACAUCUGCGAGGCUUUUGACGGAGACACCCUUCUAGCUGUUAUGGCUCCAUCUGGAACCCAGUUGGAGGUGCCGCUUCCUGAAAUGUGCAAGAGUGGUCAGAAGAAGUACCAGGUGAACCUGCGGAGCCACUCAGGUCCCAUCCAAGUGUUGCUCAUCAACAGAGAUUCAGGCUCCACAGUACCCAUGGUCUUUUCUGUACCGCCCAUUGACGACAUCUGUCCAACUCCACCCAGCACCCCCGCCAGCCUGCAGCGGUUCCCCCUCCUGAACUCUGAGCACUCUGUGUUCAACACUGCCUCUCUGUACUGCAGCCAGGACUCUGUCUGCUCAGACCACCAGAUGGUGCUGCCGGAUCAUGAUGACAUUCUGACGCCGUCAUGCUCACCUGAUGACCUGGAUAUGGGAGCUGUUGACAUUAUUGACGAGCUGAUGUCGGCUAACGGUAUGGACUACAACUUCAAUCUGGAAGACAAUGAAGGCGUGUGUGACCUGUUUGACGUGCAGAUCCUCAAUUACUGAUCACUGACUGCUUACAAUAAGCUGAGAAGCACUUUUUUUGCCUCUCUUCAAAGAUGCUACAAAGAUAUAUUUUUGACCAUUUAGUGGC